AAGAAAUGUGGGUUUUGCAUAAUAGGAUCCCAAUUUAAGAGGUAUUUUGAGAUAAUAAAAAAGAAAAAGCCUUGAAAAUAAAUAACAAAAAAAAAUGUCAUCUCCAAUCAUUUUGUUGGUGUAUUCCGGUGUUUUGUGUUAGUUCCUGUCCUGUGCUUUUAUUUUGGUGACUUUUCCUGUUGUGUUGGUGUUUUUUUCGUGACCGCUUCACACGUCUUUGACACAGAGCAUUUGCCCUCACCUGUUUUCGGUUUGCAAUCAGUUGAAUGUGAGCCACCAUUCUUUGUCGGGACAUUGUUUGUUUGUUGAUGCUUACUUUUCUAGAUUCUCUAGUGACCAUAGACCAUCCUUUUGGACGCUUAACGCAAGUACACUCGUACUGUUUGGACGCCGUCGGCUCCACAUUUCCUAUCUUCAGAAGAGCCGACAAAGAUGAUGAUGGUAAACUCUCGCUGGAUGAGUUCCAGGCUUUCUUCUCUGAUGGCACACUGAAUGAGGAGGAGUUGGAGAAGCUGUUCCACACCAUCGACUCUGAUAACACCAGUAAUGUUGACACUAAGGAACUCUGUGACUACUUUGCCAAGCACAUGGGGGACUAUGAGGGAGUUCUGGCCUCACUGGAGACGCUCAACCUUUCCAUCCUCAAAGCCAUGGACUUCACCAAGAAGGUUUAUGAGAGAGGAACAAACGUGGAGCAGUUCGUGACCCGUUUCCUACUGAAGGAGUCAGCCAAUCAGAUCCAGUCUCUUUUGAACUCUGUGGAAAGUGCUGUGGACGCCAUUGACGAGCAACACCGCCAGUCCGGUCAUACUCCUGCCAAGACAAGUCCUCGGGUGUCAGAGAAGUGUCAUGACAACGUUGUCCCUGAUUAUCCGCCAAACAACAAAAUCAGUGCCAGGGGAGCUGUCAGGACCAUCAACACUGCCUCAGGUGCAGUGGAGGUAAGGAAAGAGGGUCUGGAUGCCCAAAUCAAUCGCCUGGCUGAACUCAUCGGACGACUGGAGAAUAAAACUGUCUGGUUUGAUCUGCACCAAAGGCUAACAGACACAGAUGGCACCACCAGCGCAUCGUUAUUGCUGAUCCGUCAGGAGAUGGUUGUUUCCCAAAAGAAGCUCGGCGAGUUUUGCGAGGCUCUGAAGCAAUACCUGAAGAAUGUUUCCACUCAAAGGGACUGCUUUCAUGUGACUGCGGUGCGUCUACCAGAUGGUUUGUCCUUUGUGGUCUAUGAGUUCUGGGAUGGAGAGGAGGAGUGGAAAAGGCACCUCCAGUCAGGCCCCAACAAAGCCUUUCAGCAUGUGAAAGUGGACACGCUGUGCCAGCCAGAGACCAUUUCCUCUGUGGCCGUGCCAGCCGCCUGGUGCAGCGUGAACCGGGCCUGAGCAUGAACCACAGCCAACAAGACACCGAGACUCUUGGACGCCACUCCUUCUACCUUUCCUUUGCAUUUCUCCCUCGACCACGUCCCUCGAAAGGUCUUAAUAUACAUGUUUACACGGUGCAAAUGAAUGGUGUCUGCGGCAGUGACUACUGAACAAAGUGCAUUUGACAAAGUGAACAGAAGUACAUUUGCAUCCAACCAUCGUAGUUUGCUGGUCAAUAUUUAUAAUUAUUAUUAUGAGUUGUGUUCUAGCCAGUUGGCGUUUGUCAUGUAGCAUGGACAUCUAUUGAGCUUUUCAUGUAGCAGGUACCUGGGCUACUUUGGAAGGUCUGUUUGGCAAUACAGCAUUGUUUUUAAUCGAUCACAGAAAGCUCAUCCAUGUAGCUUUGACUCUAUAGAAUCUGUUCAUUUCACAUUUGGCCUUGCACACGGAAAUGGUUUGCAAUUUUUGUUGUCGUUUGUAGCCGACCACACAGCCUAUCAUCCACUUUCCUCACAUAAACUAAACAAGGGAGUAUUUAUUCCCCAUAGAAUUUCAGCGCAGACCUCUCUAUAAAGAGUUUGUAUGUUCUCACGUAGAGAUGUCCGAUAAUAUCGGCCUGCCGAUAAAUGCGUUAAAAUAUAAUAUCGGAAAUUAUCGGUAUUGUUUUUUUAUUAUCGUUUUUUUUUUUUUUUUUUUUUUAUUAAAUCAACAUAAAAAACACAAGAUACACUUACAAUUAGUGCACCAACCCAAAAAACCUUCCUCCCCCAUUUACACUCAUUCACACAAAAGGGUUGUUUCUUUCUGUUAUUAAUAUUCUGGUUCCUACAUUAUAUAUCAAUAUAUAUCAAUACAGUCUGCAAGGGAUACAGUCCGUAAGCACACAUGAUUGUGCGUGCUGCUGGUCCACUAAUAGCACUAACCUUUGACAGUUAAUUUUACUAAUUUUCAUUAAUUACUAGUUUCUAUGUAACUGUUUUUAUAUGGUUUUACUUUCUUUUUUAUUCAAGAACAUUUUUUUAAUUUAUUUAUCUUAUUUUAUUUUAUAAUUUUUUUUUUAAUAGUACCUUAUCUUCACCAUACCUGGUUGUCCAAAUUAGGCAUAAUAAUAUGUUAAUUCCACGACUAUAUAUAUCGGUAUCAGUAUCGGUAAUUAAAGAGUUGGACAAUAUCAGAAUAUCGGAUAUCGGCAAAAAGCCAUUAUCGGACAUCCCUAUUCUCACUUUAUUGCCACGGUCCAAAACAUGCAUGUCAGCUUAAUUGACGACUCUAAAUUGUCUGUAGGUGUGAAUGUGAAUGCUAGUUUGUCUAAAGAGUCCAGAGUGUCCCACACCUCUCGCCUAAGUCGGCUGGCACAGUCUCCUGCUCACUUGUGACCCUAAUCAAAAUCAGCAGUAGAAAACAAAAAAAUGUGUGAAAAUACUAUUGAAGCGCUAACAUGUGAGGCAGUGUUAGAACUGUAGCUUUGUACCUAAUGAUCUAAUGAUAACACAUUAUGUUUCUAUAAUAUUUACAAUAAUAUUGAAAGGGAAAAUCAUGAGAUUUUUCAUUUUAUUUCGCUCAUGGUAUUAAAGAAUAAAUAAUGACCAAACACUGGGCCACCUCUGGUGUCUUAAGUCUUGAGAAAAUUCUGCCAGCUGAUCCAAAUGAACAUAGAAACCCCCAGUUUGCUGUAUUCACCAAUGAUGAACCAAUCCAGCAUGAGCAAAUAGCCUUUGCUUUUAACAAAUUAGCGUAUUUACCAGACUGUAAGCCGCACACUAAAUUUCACAAGAAAAAUGAUUUGUUCAUGUAUUAGCCGGACCGGACUAUAAACCGCAGAUAUAUACCAGUGCAUUGGGACAUAGAAAGAUUUUGUAAAUGUUUAUUUACAUACUUUAAUUGUUAGAAAACGCUGCCUUUUACACGGCAGUAAAACGGCUGAUCAAACAAAACAGAAACGUCAUUGAUGUCUUUAUUUAUCCUUCAUGAGAUGAAUAAGAUGUUCUCCUUUUUAAUAAGGUUCACAAUGUUUAUUAAGAGUUAUUAUUCCUUGUACUUUGUAAAUACUUUGAGUUUGAACAGUCUUAAGGUGGAACAUCGUCGUACUUUGUUUCUUUGCUUAAUCCAUUCCAUGAUUUAGCCUUUCGCAAAGAAAAAUUCAUGGAGUAGCCGCACCCUUGUAUAAACUGCAGGGUUCAAAGCUUGGAAAAGAAGUAGCGGCUUAUAAUUAUCACUUAUGCUGUGAAAGCUGUAAGAAUGCUACCAGGCACCAUUAGCACCACCUAUAGCAUUGACACAGGGCAGCCGCUGUUGUUUUUAAUUGGCAGUGUAGUUCUGUGUGCACUAUUAUUACUACUACUACUACUAAAUAAUGCACAUCUUUGCCAUUCCUACCACUCUCACACAAGUCCUCUGGGAUGGAUUUCAGUCCCUUUGACUCUGAGGAUAAGUGGUAAAGAGUAGGGUGCGGUUACACUAGCUUUUAUAACAAUAACAUCUCCCAGCAUGUGCAACUCUUUAAACAUGUUAUUUUGGUCAAGUUACAAAUCUACUCUUAAAUAAAGAAUGCAAUAAACCAUAUUGUUUACUCACACAGUAUUUGUAAAGAGACAUGCAUUGGUCAAUACUACAUUUUUCUUUCUAAAAGUUGGUCGACGAGGCCCACUGACAAAGCGGCGAAAUAACACUCAAACAAAACAUUGGGUGUUUUUUUAGACUAGCUUCACACACUUCUAACCAUAGGAUAGUAAUAUUACUGUCAUAUACUAAAUAAUAUGGUAUUCAAGGACCGUUAUGAUGAUGACUGCUUUGGAAGAUGAAAGAAAUUAAGAUGUGUGUGAAGCCUCCAUGACAUAACCCAGCACCAGCUACAAAGCAAGACUCCAGUAUUCAUAAACAUGUCUAGUUUACAAACAUUUUAAUUGAAUUGGUUGAAUUCAGUAUUUCAAUUGUGAGAUGGGUAGAUUUUUGCAGGCGGCUUUUACCUUGAAACCUAGCGAGAAGAGAUUAAGAAUAUAAGGAUUCGCUUUUGGCACUUUUUGUGUCAUACUUGUCUAAAAUGAUGCUGGGUUGCUUAUUUUAGCGUGUAGAGAUUGUACAUAUGGAAAUUGUGUUAUGAUGUAAAUCUUGUCCGUCGUUUCUCUAUCAGUGGCGUGAUAUUGAUAAGUGCUGUAGCCUCUCAUGAAACCUGUGCUGCAUAGCAUCAGAAACUCCGGAAAGACGCACAAAUCAAUGACAUCGAAUAUAAAAGCCUUAACAAUCGCCAGGGUACUUUUUCUUUUAAUGUUGUUCCCAGAAAAUGUGUUGCUAGUAAGCAACUAAUUCCCACUUAAACAUUUACUCACACGUUUGACUUCUUGAUUCCACACGCUGGAGCAGUCCGGCAAAAACUGUAUUCCCUCAAAUGGUGGUCUUGGUUAUAUAUUCGGUACACCUAACAAAUCAACACCUCUCCACAAAUGAAUGACUCCGUUUUCCCCUGUGGAGAAGCUGAACGUACUAUAGCCGCACUUCUACCAAGCGGUACUUUUUGGUAUGGUACCCUCUAGGGGUGUCUGGAUCCGAUAUCAGCAAAAAAGACAAGUAUCGGCUUACAUGUAAAAUCUCUGAUACAAGCAGUCCUGCAGCGAAACAGCCAGUUGACAUCUAAAUGUCCUCCAGUCAACACGCAAAGUUAUAAAUAAAUAAUAAAUGGGUUGUACUUGUAUAGCGCUUUUCUACCUUCAAGGUACUCAAAGCGCUUUGACACUACUUCCACAUUUACCCAUUCACACACACAUUCACACACUGAUGGAGGGAGCUGCCAUGCAAGGCGCUAACCAGCACCCAUCAGGAGCAAGGGUGAAGUGUCUUGCUCAGGACACAACGGACGUGACGAGGUUGGUACUAGGUGGGGAUUGAACCAGGGACCCUCGGGUCGCGCACGGCCACUCUACCACUGCGCCACGCCGUCCCUGUUGGUCUUUUCAUGUAUUUUAGUGAAGUCAUUUACAAAAGGUAAACAUGGUGGGCGACAGGCUACUAGGAGCUAGCAACGACACAGCCGCUAAGCACAAAAGUAUCCAGUAACAAAUGUGUCCGCAUCAUCAAACUUCCUCUGAUGACCUUAAUUUUAUUAAUUAUUGUGACCACUGCGUGUUGUCAAAAAACAAACUAUCACUCCACUUCCAGAGCACAAAACUGUCAUAAGGUUAGUGUUUGUUGUAUAACUACCAUUGUUCUUGGAGUGACUUCACUUGCUCAAGUCUUUAACAUUGCACACUAGAAAAAAUAAAUGUGCUAUACAACAUGCUGAUACAGUAUCUUAUGGGAUUCAUAUCGGUAUUGACCAGUACUAAAGGUUCCAAUAUCAGUAUCAUAUCGGAAGUAAAGAAGUUGUAUUGGGACACCCCUAAUAUCCUCCACCUAGUGAG